GAUGUCAACUCCAUCAACUCGACUGUGGUGGAGGUGCUGCCCAUGGGCACACUCACAGAUCGCACCGAGCCGAUGAUUGCGCUGGUGAGCUACAACAGCAGCACGAAACUUCUCGCCAUCGCCCUACAGCUCGACCGCAGUGAUGGUGGCAUAAGGUACGAGCUCAACAGCACCAUUGACCUAAAGAGCUUGCUCCCCCCGGAGGUGGCCAUUGGGUUCUCUGCUGCUAGUGGGUAUUCCACGGAGCUGCACCGCGUGCUCGCCUGGUCUUUUGACUCGACGUUGAUGGAGGUGAAUUUGGUGCCCCCAGGAACGCCGCCGAUGCCCAAUAAGGUCCCUCAAAUUCCCUCGAAACAAAUGAUCUGGCCGGUCGCCGGGGCAGCUGGUGCUGCCGUGCUGUUAGCAGUUGCCUUUAUCGGCGUAUUGAUCCGGUGGUUUCUAAUGAUGAGGAGGCGCCGGCGGAUGAGGGAGAAGGAGAUGUCUGACUUGGAAGAUUGCAGCUUGGACGAAGAGCUCAAGUUCGAGAAUGGCUCCGGCCCGAGGCGAUUUCGGUAUGGCGAACUGGCCGCUGCGACCAACAACUUCUCUGAGGACGGAAAGCUCGGAGAAGGUGGCUUCGGGUCGGUUUACAGGGGGUCCUUAGGCGGCGACCUGGGUCCCAAUGUCGCCGUCAAGAGGAUAUCCAAGAGCUCCCGGCAGGGGAGGAAGGAGUAUGUCUCCGAGGUCACCAUCAUAAGCCGCCUACGACACCGGAACCUGGUCGAGCUCGUCGGCUGGUGCCACAGCAGCGGCGAGCUGCUGCUCGUCUACGAGCUGGUGCCUAACGGCAGCCUUGAUGCCCGCCUCUACAACUCGGGUGGCAGCGUGUUGCCGUGGCUGAGCAGGUACGAGAUCGCGCUGGGGCUUGGCUCGGCACUGCUCUACCUGCAUGUAGAGUGCAAGAAAUGCGUGGUGCACAGGGACGUGAAGCCCAGCAACGUCAUGCUGGACGCGUCCUUGGGUGCCAAGCUCGGCGACUUCGGGCUUGCGAAGCUCCUCGACCACGGGAUCAGCUUGCCCACGGUGGUUCUGGCAGGAACCAUGGGGUACAUGGACCCAGAGUACACGGCCUCCGGCAGAGCAAGCACCGCAUCUGACGUCUAUAGCUUCGGCAUCGUGUUGCUGGAGAUGUGCUGCGGCAGGAGGCCCCGGGACGACUCCGUCAAGCCCUCCCUCCUGGAGUGGGUCUGGGACCUCUACGGCCAGGGCGCAGCUCUGGAGGCUGCUGACAAGCGGCUGGACGGCGACUUGGACCAAGCGCAGAUGCAACGCAUGCUGGUCGUGGGUCUCUGGUGCGCGCACCCCGACAGUGGUGUGCGGCCGUCCAUCAAACAAGCGCUAGGCGUGCUUCAGCUUGAGGCUCCAUUGCCCGUUCUUCCUCCAAAGAUGCCCGUGCCGACAUUCUCCACGAGCGUUGCAGGCCCUGAUGCUGAUGCUGAUGGUUCGACAGGCGGUGCCGGAGUUUAUUCUUCUUCCAUGGGGCGGUGA